AUGGUCAAAUACGAAGGUCAAUGCCACUGCGGCCAAACCACCUGGACCGCCGAGAUCCCCGAAGAACGCCAUGUCCUCUGCCACUGCGGCGCCUGCAAGCUCAUGGGCGGCGGUGAAUUCACCCUCAACCAAAUCAUCCCCAAGGCCAACUUCAACCUGACAAAGGGUGAUUUGAAGGUGUACACCUACAAAGGCGACUCUGGCAAUUCCGUCGACUGCUACAUGUGUCCCAAUUGCGCCAGUAGUCCGUACCAUCAUCAACGAGUCCUGGGACCCGACACCAUCGUCAUCCGUACGGGACUUCUCAAGGGUUCCGAGAAAUGGGGGAAGCCGGCCGCGGAAAUCUACGACAAGUUCCGACCUGCUUGGUUGCCACAGACGGGAGAUGCGAGCUUCGAGUUAGGUCCUCCGUCCUAG